AAUGACAAUGCAGUGAAACCAGACGAAGAAAAAAAUUACUUCCUUUCCUAUUGGAAACCUAAUAAGUAGUUAGUCUGACCCAGUUUUCAAUAAGAGAGAUUUUCUGAUGACCCGACAGGAGUGACUAUCUCCAGUCAAAGAAAGAGGAGGGUGAAUUUAAUCUUUCAUGCCACUGGAAUGGCAGCUGCUCUCAGCUCUCUCUGAUUCUGUGAAGGUUGAUGAAGAUAGAGCUGGCUUUCAGUGUAGAAAGAAUUUUCCUUUUGAAUAUUCCAAACGAGAGCUUUGCACAUGUGCCUCAAGAACUGAUUGUCUAGGCUCCGACAGGAAUGCAGCAGGAGAGGAGCGUAUUUCAUGCUUAAGACCAGAGAAGAGCCACGCAAUACUCAGUGGAUAAAAGGCUUGCAGUCCCAGCUGGGAAAAAGAGUCCCAUUAUCUCCCAGCUGCAUAGACAUUCCAUACGGCUUGGUUCUGCCUGGAUGCACAGCAUGCCUGGCUGAAAGCUUGAAACAGAGUUCUGCAGAAAAAUUGUAAAGAUCCUGAGACAUUUCCCUGGUAAGAUCUACUCUUGAGAUACUGACUGGAAGACAGACUUUUUUUUUCCACCUGAUUAUAUGGGAGAAAUUUUUGACCUUAGAAAGUGGAAAUGAGGUUGCUAUGGAAACUGGUAAUUCUGCUGCCACUCAUAAACUCUUGUGCAGGUGAUGGUCUUUUAAGCCGUCCUAUUUUUACUCAGGAGCCACAUGAUGUCAUUUUUCCUUUGGAUUUAUCAAAAUCUGAGGUCAUCCUGAAUUGUGCUGCUAACGGUUACCCUUCACCUCAUUAUAGGUGGAAGCAAAAUGGCACAGACAUUGAUUUUACUAUGAGUUACCACUACAGGUUGGAUGGAGGCAGUCUUGCAAUCAGUAGCCCCCACACAGAUCAAGAUAUUGGCAUGUACCAGUGCCUGGCCACCAAUCUUCUGGGGACAAUUCUGAGUCGGAAGGCAAAGCUCCAAUUUGCAUAUAUUGAAGACUUUGAAACUAAAACAAGAAGCACAGUAUCUGUCCGAGAAGGUCAAGGUGUGGUGCUUCUCUGUGGCCCACCGCCACAUUUUGGAGAUUUAUCUUAUGCAUGGACCUUCAAUGAUAACCCCUUAUACGUCCAAGAGGACAAUAGGCGAUUUGUAUCUCAAGAGACGGGAAACUUGUACAUUGCCAAAGUGGAACCAUCAGAUGUGGGCAACUACACUUGCUUUAUAACAAACAAAGAGGCCCAGAGAAGUGUUCAAGGUCCACCCACUCCAUUAGUGCAGCGCACGGAUGGUGUGAUGGGGGAAUAUGAACCAAAGAUUGAAGUGCGUUUUCCUGAAACUAUACAAGCUGCAAAGGAUUCAUCUGUAAAACUGGAAUGUUUUGCCCUUGGAAAUCCAGUCCCUGAUAUUAGUUGGAGAAGGUUGGACGGGAGCUCGUUGCCAGGGAAAGUAAAGUACAGCAAAUCCCAAGCUAUCCUUGAAAUCCCGAACUUUCAACAAGAAGAUGAAGGCUCUUAUGAGUGCAUUGCAAGCAACCUUCGAGGAAGAAACCUUGCAAAGGGUCAACUCAUUUUUUAUGCUCCUCCAGAAUGGGAACAGAAAAUCCAAAAUACAUACCUCUCUAUCUAUGACAACUUGCUCUGGGAAUGUAAAGCUAGUGGAAAGCCAAACCCUUGGUACACAUGGUUAAAAAAUGGUGAACGACUCAACCCAGAGGAGAGAAUUCAAAUAGAAAAUGGGACACUCAUCAUAACGAUGCUGAAUGUGUCAGAUUCUGGUGUCUACCAAUGUGCUGCAGAAAACAAAUAUCAGAUAAUUUAUGCAAAUGCUGAAUUGAGAGUUUUAGCCUCAGCUCCAGAUUUCUCCAAAAGUCCAGUUAAAAAAAAGUCUUUUGUUCAAGUUGGUGGGGAUAUUGUUAUCGAAUGCAAACCAAAUGCUUUUCCCAGGGCAGCUAUCUCUUGGAAAAGAGGAACGGAGACCCUUAGACAAAGCAAAAGAAUAUUUCUCUUGGAGGAUGGCAGCCUCAAGAUACAUAAUGUUACCAGGUCAGAUGCUGGAUCAUACACAUGCAUAGCCACAAAUCAGUUUGGCACUGCAAAGAACACUGGCAGCCUCAUUGUAAAAGAGAGAACUGUCAUUACCGUCCCACCUUCCAAAAUGGAUGUUACAGUUGGCGAGAGUAUAGUGCUACCAUGCCAGGCGUCCCAUGACCCCUCCAUUGACGUGGUGUUUGUAUGGUUUUUCAAUGGAGACGUCAUAGACUUAAAAAAAGGAGUAGCUCAUUUUGAAAGGAUUGGAGGAGAAUCUGUUGGGGAUUUGAUGAUAAGGAAUAUUCAGUUAAAUCAUUCAGGAAAAUAUCUCUGCACAGUACAAACAACCCUAGAAAGUUUAUCUGCAGUAGCCGAUAUCAUUGUUAGAGGUCCACCAGGUCCUCCUGAGGAUGUGAAAGUGGAAGACAUUUCCAGUACUACUUCUCAACUAAGCUGGAGAGCAGGCCCAGAUAAUAACAGUCCCAUUCAAAUAUUUGCUAUUCAGACUCGGACACCAUUUUCUGUGGGUUGGCAGGCUGUUGCUACAGUUCCAGAAAUUCUCAAUGGUAAGACAUACAGUGCAACAGUGGUUGGUUUGAGUCCUUGGGUGGAAUAUGAAUUUCGCGUCGUUGCCGGCAACAGCAUUGGGAUUGGAGAACCAAGUAAACCAUCAGAAUUGUUAAGAACCAAAGCAUCAGUCCCUGUUGUGGCACCAGUAAACAUCAAUGGAGGUGGAGGAAGUCGGUCUGAACUCGUCAUUACGUGGGAGUCAAUUCCAGAAGAACUACAGAAUGGGGAGGGAUUUGGAUAUAUCAUCAUGUUCCGGCCAGUGGGCUCGACAACCUGGUCCAAGGAGAAAGUAGCAUCUGUGGAAUCAUCAAGGUUUGUUUACAGAAAUGAAAGCAUCAUCCCACUGUCUCCCUUUGAAGUCAAAGUGGGUGUGUAUAAUAAUGAAGGAGAAGGAUCCCUGAGUACUGUGACCAUUGUCUACUCUGGGGAAGACGAACCUCAACUGGCCCCAAGGGGAACUUCUGUCCAGAGUUUUUCUGCUUCUGAAAUGGAGGUUUCAUGGAAUGCUAUUGCCUGGAAUAGAAACACUGGAAGAGUGCUGGGCUAUGAGGUCUUAUACUGGACAGAUGACUCCAAAGAAUCCAUGAUUGGUAAAAUUAGAGUCAGUGGAAAUGUCACAACCAAAAACAUCACGGGGCUGAAAGCUAAUACCAUCUACUUUGCUUCCGUAAGAGCUUACAACACUGCCGGGACAGGGCCCUCAAGCCCCCCAGUCAAUGUUACCACCAAAAAGUCUCCUCCAAGCCAACCACCAGCAAACAUUGCCUGGAAGCUGACAAACUCUAAAUUAUGCUUGAACUGGGAGCAUGUAAAAACCAUGGAAAAUGAGUCUGAAGUUUUGGGGUACAAGAUUCUGUACCGGCAAAACAGACAGAGUAAAACUCAUGUUUUGGAAACAAACAAUACGUCAGCUGAGCUUCUGGUUCCAUUUGAAGAAGACUACUUAAUUGAAAUAAGAACAGUCAGUGAUGGUGGAGAUGGAAGCAGCAGUGAGGAAAUUAGGAUUCCAAGAAUGUCAAGUUUGAGUUCCAGAGGAAUUCAAGUCUUAGAACCUAGCACCCAUUUUCUGUCCAUUGUCAUUGUGAUUUUUUACUGUUUUGCUAUUCAGCCACUUAUCUGAUGAAUAAAACCAUAAAUCUUUGAGAGUUUUUUGAAAGCAAAUCAUUCUGUAAAUAUGCUCUCCAGCCUCUGACACAAGAUGCGUUCUUAAUACAGACUUGUUUGCAACGAGAAAAAAAGUAUAUUAUUAAAAUCUUGUAAAUAUC